GCCUGUACCGGACGGUCCGCGCGCGACACAGGCACGAGGACUGGGUGGGUAGACCCUCCUCCGAUUUAACACGAAAAAAACGACAGAAAAAAAAGAACGCGCAAAAAAUGACCCUCAGCGCGCGGUGCUUGUUCGUCUUAUCCGCGGCGCUUCUGCUCGAGCUGCAGUGCGCGGCGCAGAGGGACGCGAUCGGGGUGGCUCUGUCUGGCACUGCCACGAGCGCCAGCAGCGCGAGCCUGGACUCCAAGAAGGACUCCAACCAGACCAGCACGUCCCGGCGCAAGAGGAAGAACCUGUCGGUGGACUUCGCCGUCCCCUCCCUGCUGAGGAACUACCUGUCCGAAUUCACCAAGCGGCCCCUGCACGGGGACUGCGCGGCUUUCGGCGGCGGGUGCGCGCACACCGUGCGCUCCAGCCUGAGCAUGCAGUGCGUCCCCUUGCAGAGGACCGUGUCCAGCUUGCUGGAGACCCGGCUGAGCCCAGUCGACGGCCCCCAGCGCGGAAACGGCUCGGCGGGCGCGCAGCUCCCGUCCCGGACGCGGCGACCGCUCUCCAAGGUGCUGAACCUGGCCCUCACCAAGGACAGCCGGAAGUCCAACCAGGUGGUGGUGGAGAUUGGGGAGCAGAACGUGCGGACCGGCUGCGGGGGGCUCUCGGCCGACGGGGACGUUCUGGAGGUGGACCUCACUCCUAUUCUGGAAUGGUGGUUGGGAGCCGGAGGGGGGCGGCUCAGGGUUCGGCUCAUCCCCGAGCGGCGGGCGCAGGUUCCCGGACGGGAGGAGAAGUACUCGGCCGCCAUCCGAGCUGCGGACCCGCGCUUCUUCCUCCAGAUCGUCUCCCGUGGUACGGUCCAGUCUGGACGUGGCGCUGGGGUACCUAGAGGCUACUGGAACUUCACCUGGAUGGCAGAAGACGAGCUGAGCUUCCCGGUGGAGACCACGCCAGCAGAGUCCCGGUGCCAUGGAAACGGUGGGCAGCCGUGCAGCUGGCCUCCACCGCUAGGUCCUGACACUCAAUUUGCUGUGCUGCCAGCUGGUAGCCUACAAAAUAGCGAGAGAUGCACACGCUACAGUAGGAGGUGGGAUGAGGGCCAGUUCCUGUCUGUGAACAGCUCCACAAUGGGGGGCCCCUGGGUGUCCAGCCCCUGGCUCCGUGGGGGACACUGGCGCUGCAGCCUGGACGUGUCCAUCUUCCUGCACCCCCAGCAGAGUGGGCGCUAUAUGGUGUGGCUCAUCGAGAGGGACAAGAAACCCAGAGUUCUUCUCAUCACCAAUGCACCACGCAGCACAGGCUGGGCGGCUCUGCGGCUCACCCUGGGCAACCAGCCGGACCCGUUCAGGAUCUGGUCGAGCUACAGCGAGCCGAGCGACAGGGACGCGGGCGCCUUCGAACCCACCUUCGCCACCAACUGCACCCUGGAUUCGUCCCCGGCACCAAACAUCACCCUCCAGGGGCGCUACGGCUGCCGCCAGGGGCCCGACAUCGCCCUGGGACAGAUGUGCGACUUCCAGCCUGACUGCCCUCUCGGGGACGACGAGGGAGAUGCGUGCAGUGGCUUCAUCAACGGCAGCUACUGCUCCUUUGAGAAGGGCGACUGCGGCUGGCGCUCUGUGUCUGGCCGGGGGCCGUCCUGGAAGGUUCUAGAAUCAAAGCCUGGGGUCAGCGCUCCUGUGUGCCAGUCUCGAGGAGCAGUCAUGGCUGUGGGUGGAAGUCAUUCCAAAGGACCCCAGGGAGUGCCAUUGUUGCGCAGUCCAAUGUUCCCCCCACCUCUCAGAAAUGCCGUCUGUGAGGUGCGCUUCUGGCUGUGUUCUGGAGGACGCCACAGCGGGGCGCUGUCCCUCUGGGUGGUGGAGAACAGCACGGAGCCUGGAGAGAAGCGCAGUCUGUGGCGCUCGGCCAACGGCAUGCAGCCACGGCCGGGUUGGCGACUCGUCACCCUCCCUCUGUACGGCUUGGCGGAUUGGUUCUGGCUGCAGUUCAGCACGGAGGAACUCCCGGCUCCUGGGUCGGUGUUGGCCAUUGACAACUUCUCCCUCAGCACGGACUGCUUCCUGGCCUCCAACGGGGAGUUUCCACCGGUUAUCAACACGAUAAAUGUCAUGGGGCCCGAAGCAACCACCCAGGACUGGAGACCCACCCCGACAGCCCUGUACCCCCCAACCCUGACCCCUGCUCCCGGAGAAGUCAAGUGGACUUUCCACACAUGUGGUGCCACAGGUCCAGAGGGACCCACUCCCAUUCAGUGCACCAACUCAUACAGCAACACCAACAUCAACGUUACCGUGGGAACCAGGGGAGUACUCAAGGGAAUACAGAUGUGGCGAGUCCCGGAGACAGGGACCUACAGGAUUACUGGCUACGGUGCGGCAGGCGGUCGCAGCGUGAUGGCCCCCACCCGCUCGCAUGGAAUCUACAUCAGCGGGGACUUCCACCUGCAACGCCAUGAGGUCCUCUACAUCCUCGUGGGACAGCAAGGAGAGGAUGCCUGUCCAAACUCGAACAAAACCCUCAACAAGGUGUGUCUGGAGCAAACUUUGCUGAUUGACAACAGAACUCAAGCUAAGUGGGCAGGAGGAGGUGGCGGAGGGGGCGGAGCCACCUACAUUUUCAAGAUGCUGAAGGGAGUGCCGGUUCCCCUGCUCAUUGCGGCCGGUGGAGGAGGGCGUGGCUACAGCAGCAAAUCAGAGAGGCAAGAGGAGAUAAUGGACAGAGACCCCAGUGUCCCCGGGCGCAAUGGGCGGUCAGGAGCUGCAGGUGGAGGUGGGGGAUGGAACGACAGCGCACCCGUGGCCCAGGGAGGCAGGCCGCUCAUCCUGGGGGGGCAGGGGGGUGCGGCCUGUGCGUUCGGCUGGCACACGAGAGGGGGUUUCGGCGGCGGGGGCGGAGCCUGUUCCUCCGGCGGUGGAGGAGGCGGGUACCGCGGCGGAAGCACAUCGCAGGAGAACAACCCGAAGCAGGAUGGCAAGGACGGCUCCUCCUUCAUCAGUCCAGAGGGUGUCAUCUUCAUCGAACCUCUGAAAGUGAUUGAGACCCACGGGGAGGUGGAGAUCUUGCCCGUGCUCAACUGCAGCCACUGUGAGUCGGGCGACUGCCAUAAGAGCGACGGCAAGAUCGUGUGUUACUGCGAAGAGGAUCUCGCCCCUGACGGGGUGUCCUGCAUCAACAAAACAGAUGCCGCGAUUGUGCCGCCCCAGCUGCACCUCUCCCAGCUGGCUCUGGGCCUGUCCGUGGGGACGUCCGCCCUCAUCGCUGCCCUGCUGCUGGCCGUGUCCGGAGUCAUGAUCAUGUACAGACGCAAGCACACCGAGCUCCAGUCCAUCCAGCUGGAGCUGCAGAGCCCCGACUGCAAGCUGAGCAAACUGAGGGCCUCCACCAUCAUGACCGACUACAACCCCAACUACUGCUUUGCUGGCAAGACCGCGUCCGUCAGUGACCUCAAGGAGGUCCCCCGGCGGAACAUCUCCCUCAUCAGGGGUUUGGGUCAUGGUGCAUUCGGAGAGGUGUACGAAGGCUUGGCUGUGGGAAUACCUGGGGAACCAAGCCCCAUGCAGGUGGCAGUUAAGACUCUUCCAGAAGUCUGCUCUGAGCAGGAUGAGCUGGACUUCCUCAUGGAGGCUCUGAUUAUCAGCAAGUUCAACCACCAAAACAUCGUCCGUUGCAUCGGCGUGAGCCUACAGGCGCUGCCCCGCUUCAUCCUGCUGGAGCUCAUGGCUGGUGGGGACCUGAAAACCUUCUUGCGAGAGAACCGACCCCGAGUGGACCAGCCCUCCAGUCUCUCCAUGGUGGACCUGCUGAACGUGGCCCGGGACAUUGCACGGGGCUGCCAGUACCUCGAGGAGAAUCAGUUCAUCCACAGGGACAUAGCUGCCCGGAACUGCCUGUUGACCUGCAAAGGACCUGGGAGGGUGGCCAAGAUCGGAGACUUCGGGAUGGCCAGAGACAUAUACAGGGCAAGCUACUACAGGAAAGGAGGUCGAGCUAUGCUGCCAGUCAAGUGGAUGCCCCCAGAAGCCUUCAUGGAGGGUAUCUUCACCUCCAAGACUGAUACCUGGUCCUUCGGAGUGUUGCUUUGGGAGAUCUUCUCUCUGGGCUACAUGCCUUACCCCAGCCGCAGCAACCAGGAGGUGUUGGAGUUCGUCACCAGCGGAGGCAGGAUGGAUCCUCCCAAGAACUGCCCAGGGCCGGUGUAUAGAAUAAUGACACAGAGCUGGCAGCAUCAACCGGAAGACAGACCCAACUUCUCAACCAUACUGGAGCGGAUUGACUACUGCUUACAGGAUCCCGACGUGGUGACGACGCCCCUUCCAGUGGAGUAUGGUCCGGUGCAGGAAGAGGAGGAGCGGGUGCCCAUGAGACCGGAGGACCCGGCCGCCACGUCGCUCCUGUGUGUUCCGGGCCGGGAGGACGGCCCCUCGACGGUAGAGGGCGCCAGAGAGCAACCCGUCCAGGCCUCUCAGCCGCCCGCUGGGCUCCCUCCCGAGGCUGUGCCUGCCGCGGCCGCACCGCCGCCUUCGCAGCUCCACCUCCAGGCCACGCAGCAGCCGACCCCUGCCGCUGCCCCGACCCCCACCCCCACCCCCACCCCCACUUCCGCUCAGCCCGGAGCAGAGGGGGGGCACGUCAACCUGGGAUUCACACAGGGCCAGCCCCUGGAAAAAGAGGGCCGCAACGGGAAGCCCACCAACCUGCUGAACCCCACUUACGGCUCCUGGUUCCUCCAGCAGCAGCAGAGGCCCAGCCUGCAGCUCCAGCACAAGCAGAUGCUCCACCAGCAGCAGCAACAGCAGCAGGCGCUGUGCCGCCCCCUGCUGCCCCCUCCCCCCCCGCCUGGGGCGCCGACCGCCCCGCUCCUCCUCGAUUCGGCCGCCCUUCCUUCCAUCCCCCUGUUCAGACUGCGCCGUUUCCCCUGCGGGACCAUUGGCUACGGGUACCAGGAGCAGGGCCUGCCCCGGGAGUCGCACGCGGCCCAGCCGCCCCCACCGCCCCCGCCCCCUCCCCCACCGCCGCCCGCGCCCCAAAGGCCCGUUUCGCUUGCCCGUGCGGGCAUCCCCGAGGACAGUCGCCCGCUGCUCGUCACCAUGGGAACGGCCACGUUGCAGGACCCGAGGCUGCCGAAACUCGAGGGGCACAACGCCACUGUGCUUUAA